CCACGAAACUGAUUACGAAAAAUACGGAAAACAUGAAUUUUAGAAGGCUUGAACAGUUGACCAUGCAUCCCGAAAACCAGAAGUGGAUUAGAAUUGUGCAAUUGGUAUUUAUUCUCAUCAUAACAAUCUUAG